AUGACCGAAACGAGCAUAUUCAUAAAGAGUGACCCUGACGAACACAACAGUGACCAUUUCAUGAUGUCGCAUUCCGGCUACAUGUCCAAUCAAUUCGGCAACACCGACGGUGUUGACCCCUCAGAACUUACCAUGCAAAAUGGUGGAUUCAUGUCAUAUCCAUUUGGCUCCCAACAGAACAUGUCCUCAAGCUUCAACUUCGGAAACUCCGGUAUUGACACCGAUGAAUUACUGGACCUGGAAAUCAACGGCCACAAUGGGAUUCAGCGCGCCGACAGCAUGAACUUCCUCCAGGAUCAGACCCACUCCAGUGCCGGGAUUUCCAUGAGCCACCCCGGCCAGAUGUCGCAGAUGUAUUCCAAUACCCCGGAGGGAGCUCCCAUGCAUAGCCCCUUCAUGCAUAAUAGUUUUAACUAUGACCAAUUCCGGCCAAUGAACCAACAGGGACAGCAGCCCACCCCCCACAUGCAGAGUGCUGGCUCCCACUUCGAGCAAAGCUACCUGAAUGGCAAGACACGACCCAGCCUCCAGGCAGUGGAUCGCUCCGCGGAUGGCCGCAGCCCGAUGACCCCGAAGACCCCGGCCCUGGGCGCGUUGACUCUUGGUACCCCCGAAUCCGGGAGCUUCCCUACCCAGCCCAUUCGCACAGGACUUCAGCACCGCCAUCAGAAGACCCUCUCCAACCAGUGGGAUGGGACGCCGGGAAGCGCCCAUUCGUAUGUGGAAUCUCCUAUCUCGUCCCCCAGUCAUCCUCACCACGCCGGGAUCUCCGAGAUCCUCAAAUCGGGCAAACAUGCUUCCUUGCCGGCCAAGGUUGAUGGUCACAUGCCCGGUAGCGCGCAGGAUUUGGAAUCGCAGGAAGCCAAGCGCCGUCGCCGCCGGGCCUCCCACAACCUCGUUGAGCGUCGCCGGCGGGACAACAUCAACGAGCGAAUCCAGGAUCUCUCGCACUUGGUCCCCCAGCACCGACUGGAGGACGACAAGGUUCGGAAGCAGCUGGUGAAUAACACGACCAUGUCUGCUACGGGAGCCAACCCUAAUGCCGCCACGUCUCUGUUGGCGGGCGGCAAUGGCCGUCGCGCAACGGCGGGUAACAUCACCAUGGGCCUUCCCAUCGAGGAGAAGGAGAAAGGUCCCAACAAAGGUGACAUCCUGAACGGCGCCGUGGGAUGGAUGAGGGACCUGAUGUGGGCUCUGCAUGUCAAGCAUCAGCAGGAGGCCGAACUGGCCGAGCUGAUCAGCAGCCUUGGAGGAACUUGGCCCUUCGAGCAGACAGAAGAAGAGAAGCGAAUGCGAACCGAGAUUCUUGAUGCGCUCGAGAAGAACGACCCCAGCUCUUUCAGCUACAGCCGAGCCCCCGGGACCGGUCUCCGGGUGCCGAAACACACGAACAUGGCCGGUGAUGCUGUCUCUGGCAACGGCGGCUUGAGCCCCCAGAGCCUUAGCCCGUCCUACAACAGCGGCGGUAGCAGCAGUGGCGGCACUGGCCAGGCGCAAUACUGGAGUACCUCAGGACACGCCGGAAUGAGUUUCAAGGAGGAGGAUGAAUACGCCAUGGAGAUGAACUAG